AGCAUUGUCAGCUAUCUCCAUCCCUUGUUCACACUUUGUCUGAAAGCACAUAUAAAAUCCCUAGCUACAAAACUAGUUCCUUUCUCCCACUCUUCGCAGCUCCCACCUGCCAUAGCUAACACAUAUACAUGCAUACAAUUUUGCUGCUUCUUUUCCCUUCAUUUCUUGUGCCUUUUUUUGAUCGAGUUUCCAUCUUCCAUGUUUAUUGCUUUGAUUAGGCUGAGAAACUAUUCUUGCUUUGUUGCUUUUGAUAUAUAUAUAUAGAGCAAAGGCAUAUAUAAAAGGGGAAACCCUCAAAGACUUCUAAAGUGGAUCCAAGACAAGGGAAGAGACCACUCUCACCUGAUGAAUCGGAAGAGAAAGAGGAAGAUCAUAUCUUCCCUGUCUACUCGGCUAGGUCUCAACAAGACAUGAACGCUAUGGUUCAAGCCCUAGCUCAAGUUAUUGGAAACAACAACAACAACAACAAUAACAGUAACAACAACCCAUUCCCACCGCAUGAUCAACACCCUACGUACCAAUCUGACACUGCUGAUCAGCAAAACCAAUCCCAAGAUCAAGGGAACGUGAGGAGAAGACAUUAUAGAGGAGUUAGGCAAAGGCCUUGGGGGAAAUGGGCAGCUGAAAUAAGAGAUCCAAAGAAGGCUGCUCGCGUUUGGCUUGGCACCUUUGAAACGGCUGAGGCUGCUGCCUUAGCUUAUGAUGAAGCAGCUCUUAGGUUUAAAGGAAGCAAAGCUAAGCUUAACUUCCCAGAGAGAGUUCAAGGAAGAUCGGAAUUAGGUUAUCUGACAACCCGGCGAGAUGUGGAAAGGGCGGCGGCUUUACCUCCUCCUUUUCCACCUCCUUCUCAAGCAACGUAUCCCAAUAUCUCUCAGUACGCACAUCUUCUUAGCGGGGGAUCAGGCAAUGCUUUAAACUAUGCUUUGCCAGGUGCCCAUGGAGCCAGUCCUUUCACUUCACACGCCACUCUAUCUUCAUCUUCAUCCUCCACAACGUUAACAUCCCAACAACAACAACAACAACAACAACAAGACUACUUUGGGGGAUUUUCACUGCAGUUCGGUGGUUCAUCGCCUCCAGGUUCGGAUCCUCCUAAGAAUAGGAGAGAUUAUGAUUAUUACUAUUCAAGAGAAUAGUUCCGGGUAUGAAUAUAUAUCCAGCUGGUUUAUCUUUGGGGAAGGGCAGCUUUCUUAGAUGAUCUUUUGCGUUUUGUUUUUUCUUUCUUUCUUUCUUUUUCCUGGCAUUUCAUUUCCUCUAUUUUCUCGUGCUUUGUUUAAAUAUUUAUCAACUUUUUUUGUUCAAGGCAAUCCAGAACCGUUUGUUGUGAUGAAAUUUAGAGGUGUUCCAGUUAUAGCA